GUACAGCAGUGUAGAGUUGUUGUCGGAGAGGGAGGAGGAAGGCUGAGUGGAGACAGGAGGGAAAGAGAGAGUGCAAAAAUAUAGCAUAUAAGCAGGAGGAAAUACAGCAUUGAUCAUGGCGUCGGGGGACACCCUGUACAUUGAGACGGACGGGUCAGAAAUGCCGGCGGAAAUAGUGGAGCUGCAUGAAAUAGAAGUAGAGACAAUCGAGACAACAGUUGUUGGAGACGACGGUGAACACCAGCCCAUGAUCGCCUUACAGCCUCUUGACACGGAUGAUCCAAACUCGAUUCACCCGCACCAAGAGGUGAUUCUGGUGCAAACACGAGAAGAGGUGGUGGGUGAGGAUGACUCUGAACUGCACACGGAUGAUGGCUUUGAGGACCAAAUCCUCAUCCCAGUACCCGCCGUGGAGGAGGACUAUAUCGAACAGACUCUGGUUACUGUCGCCGGGAAAAGCUCGUCGACAGGCCGGAUGAAGAGGGCUGGAAGCGGAAAGAAAUCGGGCAAAAAGAGCUACCUGAGCGGGGGAGAAAUGGGCAGGAAAUGGGAGCAGAAGCAGGUCCAGAUAAAGACUCUGGAGGGGGAGUUUUCAGUGACUAUGUGGGCAUCGGAUGACAAGAAGGACAUUGACCACGAGGAGCAAAUCACUGGUGAAAACUCUCCUCCAGAUUAUUCUGAAUACAUGACAGGGAAGAAGCUUCCUCCAGGAGGCAUCCCAGGCAUUGACCUUUCAGACCCCAAACAGCUGGCAGAGUUUGCACGAAUGAAGCCAAGAAAAGUGAAAGAAGAUGACGCACCCAGGACGAUAGCCUGUCCACACAAAGGAUGUACCAAGAUGUUCAGGGACAACUCGGCAAUGAGAAAGCACUUGCAUACCCACGGGCCCCGUGUGCACGUAUGCGCAGAGUGCGGCAAAGCCUUCGUAGAAAGUUCAAAACUGAAGAGGCAUCAACUCGUACACACAGGAGAGAAACCUUUCCAGUGCACAUUUGAGGGCUGUGGCAAGCGGUUCUCUCUGGACUUUAACCUGCGCACACAUGUGCGUAUUCACACUGGAGACCGCCCGUAUGUAUGCCCCUUUGACGGCUGCAACAAAAAAUUUGCCCAGUCAACCAACCUGAAGUCUCACAUCCUCACACACGCCAAAGCCAAAAACAACCAGUGAAAAGACGAUGUGAGCAUACACUGGAGGACUCAACCUGUAUCUCUGCUCCUUGACAGACAAACUUGUGUCCCGUGGCCUGCUUUGUUGUGAGAUAAGAAGUCCCCUUUGUAUCAUCUCUAGAUGAAAGGCUUUUGAGAAGCGACCUUUUCUCAGACUUUUUGAUAAACUUAUGGAGGUUUGAACAAUGAACUCAUGAGAACCCCGACCCCCUCAGGCCUCCUACCCUCCUUUGGCGCUACCUGGAUGGAACAAUUUAUGCUUUCUUCUUGUGAAGAUGUUGAUUCAUGGAUCUACACCUAAAAUGUAUUUAUACCUUCACACAGCCAGUUAAAUAUGUUUUUGCAAUAGAUGUCAAAUUUGCAUCAAUCCUCAGAAAUGAUACCUUUUCAAUUUUGUACUUUCCCCCAAGUGUGCAUAUUGUACACUGUUUGACAUAAGCUCUGUGGUAAUGUAUGUAGUAAGACUGUCCCUGUAGCUCAUCUUGGGUUUCACAGUUUGUUUUACCUCUCCUUUUCCCUUUCAUGUGAGUGUGUUUCGAGGGGGAUUGGGUGGUCUUUGCAUAUUUUCAUUUUGUACAAGGUAAUAUCAGAAUCAUGUAGAUAAUAGCCAUGUGAUUUUCAAUAUUGAUCACUGAUUAAACUGUUUUUCCCCCUUGCACUACCAA